GCCAGAGGCGGAGGGGCACCCGCCUUGAGCAGGUGCAGGGGGGCAUUCGGGGCAAAAGGCAGGAGCCAGCUGGCAACUAAGAGGAGGCGGUGUGAUGAGCAAGCAGAGAACCAGCGUUUACGGACUUUUGCGUUUUAUUCCAAGAACAAUGACAAGCCCUGAAUGGGUUUUAGGUUUGUGUUUCAAAAGAGAACUUGGCAGUACUCAGUGAAGUGGAAGAUUCUCUCCACCAUGGCCAGACGCCCCCGGAGCAGCAGGGCAUGGCACUUUGUCCUGAGCGCUGCCCGCCGAGACGUGGACACCCGAGCUGUGGCUCUGGCAGGCACCGCUAACUGGGGCUACGACUCUGAUGGGCAGCACAGCGACUCGGACUCCGACCCUGAGAGCUCGCCCCUGCCGCCGUCCAUCCCCAGUGCGGUGCCGGUAACCGGGGAGUCCUUCUGUGACUGUGCCGGCCAGAGCGAGGCCACCUCCUGCAGCAGCCUGCACGCGGCCCACCGGGGCAAGGACUGCCGCUGCGGGGAGGAGGACGAGCGUGAGUGCCAGGGGGCUGCGCCACCAGGACUGCGCCAGCAGGGCCCAAGGUGGGCAGGGGGAGCUGGGGGUGGCUCCGGGGCCUGCCCCAGCCUGGGCCUCCCUCUUGCAGAUUUUGACUGGGUCUGGGAUGACCUGAACAAGUCCUCGGCCACCCUGCUGAGCUGUGACAACCGCAAGGUCAGCUUCCACAUGGAGUACAGCUGUGGCACUGCAGCCAUCCGGGGCACCAAGGAGCUGGGCGAGGGCCAGCACUUCUGGGAGAUCAAGAUGACCUCGCCCGUCUACGGCACUGACAUGAUGGUGGGCAUCGGGACGUCAGACGUGGACCUGGACAAGUACCACCACACGUUCUGCAGCCUGCUUGGCAGGGACGAGGACAGCUGGGGCCUCUCCUACACGGGGCUCCUUCAUCACAAGGGAGACAAGACUAGCUUCUCCUCGAGGUUCGGCCAGGGCUCCAUCAUCGGUGUGCACCUGGACACCUGGCACGGGACGCUGACCUUCUUUAAGAACAGGAAGUGCAUAGGAGUGGCGGCCACCAAGCUGCAGAACAAGAAGUUCUACCCGAUGGUGUGCUCCACGGCGGCCAAGAGCAGCAUGAAGGUGAUCCGCUCCUGCGCCAGCGUAACCUCCCUGCAGUACCUGUGCUGUUACCGGCUGCGGCAGCUGCGGCCAGACUCGGGGGACACGCUCGAGGGCCUGCCCCUGCCACCUGGGCUCAAGCAGAUGCUGCGCAAUAAGCUGGGCUGGGUGCUGAGCAUGAACUGCAGCCGCCGCAAGCCCCCUGCACCCUCGCCCAAGGCGGCUGCGGCCAGUCCCAGCGGCCCCGAGACCAGGCCUUGCCAAAGGAAACGCUGCCGACGGACCUAACUUAUUUUCCAAUGAAAACUGCCUUCUUGGGCCGGGACAGCUGUUUUCUCUGUCCCUUCCUUCCGGCCACACUCCAGGGCAACAGGGGAGGGAGGUGAGGGGUGAGGUGUCUAGAACCGUCUCCCUGCCUCCGGAGGCCAAGACAGUCCCUCCUGUGGGGACUCCAGGGCCGCAGGCCGUUGGGUGUCCCAGUCCACUCCACUGCCUGUGCUGGCCGGGAAAGCAGCCGCCGACCUCGAGUGCCCCAGGAGGCUGCCGUCUGCUGCCGAGGAGGAGAGCCUCGCUGGAGCCCGGCUGCUCCUGCCUCUGCGACCUUGGUUUUCCCUGACUUGCUUUGCAUGUGAUCGGCUGCCGGUCCUCUGUCGCAGAGACUCACGUGACUGUAAUAAACAGAGUCUAUCUCCAACACC